AGUCUUCAAUUUAGCGAUAGAGAACCUUUUUAUUUAGCACAAAACUGAUUAUUUAGCAUAAAACUGAUUAUUUAGCAGGAAAACAAAUAUAAAUUCUCUCUCUCUCUCUCUCUGACACCAACUUCUCAAAAUGAAAACCAUGAAACUCACUUUACCCCUAAUUAUCCUUUUCAUAUUCAUCGCCUUCUCUGUUCCUUCCUCCGCACGAAAACCCCACGUCAUCAACUUCCGAUCACGGAAUCUCUACCCGGAAUCAUUCACCUGGGAUCCUAAAUCUCAGCACUUCAUCGUCGGCAGCACCCGCCGCCAGAAACUUCUCUCCGUCUCUGACGCUGGCGUCGUUGAAACUCUAAUCUCCGACGCCUCUCUCCCUAAAAACUCCUCCUUCCUCGGCCUCACCGUCGACCGCCGCAACAACCGCCUCCUCGCCUGCAUCCACCGCAUGCCGUCGCCAGAAUCUCCCGAGCCUUUCAAUGCCCUCGCCGCCUACGACCUCCGAUCACGCCUCCGCCUCUUCCUCUCCCCUCUCGUCGACACCGUCACCGAGGAAGCUCACUCGGCCGUCGCAAACGACGUUGCUGUCGAUUUCUCCGGCAAUGCUUACGUCACGAACUCCGGUGGUAAUUUCAUCUGGAAAAUUGACAUAAACGGCGGCGUUUUAGUCUUAUCUAAAUCUAAGGCAUACAAAUCCCAUCCCGUGGACACGACCACAGAGUAUCAUAAAUGCGGCCUAAACGGCAUCGUUUACAGCUCCAAUGGUUACUUACUAGUCGUCCAAUCAAAUACGGGGAAAAUGUUCAAAGUCGACGUUGAUGACGGAACGGCAAGGACCGUUAGAUUGAACAAGGACUUAACGGCAGCUGAUGGAAUGGCAAUUAGAAAAGAUGGCGUCGUAUUAGUCGUGAGUCAACACAAGUUGUAUUUCUUAAGGAGCAAUGAUGGGUGGGGAGAGGGAGUGGUAUUUGACGAAACUGCCCUUGAAUGGGAGAGAUUUCCUACGUCUGUGGCAGUAGGAGAUCGGAAUAGGGUAUAUGUGUUAUAUGGGCAUGUAAUGGAGGGUAAAAUGGGAAAUGCUGAAAGAGAAAAGUUUAGUAUAGUUGAAGUGGAAUCCGAGGAAGAGAAUAAAGAAGAUGAUAUUUGGUUAUAUGGAUUGAUUGGAUUAGGAUUAGCUUAUUUCUUGUUUUGGAGAUUCCAAAUGCGUAAGCUAGUGGAAAAUAUGAACAAGAAAACUGCUUGAUUUUUUUUUUUUUUUUUUGGUUUUUAUAUUUGUUUGUAGUUUAUAGUGAGAUAUUACAAGUAUUUGUUGUUUCCACUAUAAUAAAAUGAUUUUAUGGGUGUUAACUUAUUA